AUUUAGAACAACCAUCCCCUGAGGAAACUGAAGCAUCCCAAGAAGAAGCAGCUAAUGCACUGAAAAUAAAAUUCAUAUGCAAUUUGUUAAAACAAUGCCCUCCGGGUGAAUUUAAGAAUGUUUUUGAAGACCUUCGCUUUCUGCUUUGUGAUGAUAAACUCAUGAAGCAAGAGGUUGCUCAGGUGUGCACUAAUCAUUCCAAGAAAAAUUUCACCACUGCAACCAUAAAAGGAGACAAUGUUCUGGUGACUCGCCAUAAUGACAUGGGAGGUGAUCGCUUCUUUGAUCCACAGAUCAAGCUUUCCUUCACAUUCGAUCCCCUGAAUAGAAGAGCUGACAAAAUUCUACUUUAUUGUAAUAUUAGGAAAGAUAAGGCAGAAUUAUGGAGAGAAACCCUUAAUGUGACCUUGGAAGCAUACAUGAAGAGGCAUUUCAUUUCAGGAGUUUGUCGGGUCUACAGAAAAACAAUUAAAAAUAAACCAUUUCUUGUGGUCUGCAUGGAAAGCCACCAGAAUAAGAAAUUCUGGAACUUUCUCUGGAAAUCAGAAUGGAUAAUUGCAGUAACUCCACCUGCUUCAGAAGUCAGAGGGGACUUAAAAGUACAGUUGCAUUAUUUCAAAAAAGCUAAUCUUCACUGGACAGCAAGUACUACUGCUGAAGGUUCCGUAUAUUUAAUUCAUCGGGACCAAUUUGCCUUGGAUUUUGAGAAAUUUAUUGAAGCCGAAGAUAACAAAUUUCAGAUGGAUUUGGUGAAUAGCCUCUACAAUUUGUCAAAUGAAACAUGGAGACUGUUUCGGAGAAGGCUCCCAGUUACUCGCACUUCAAUCUCUUGGGAUAUACUGAUGAUGACUUAG